AUGGCUCCUGCGGCCAAAACCGUCCACAGCGUCGCUUCAGGCGCGAGGCAUGUCUCAAAACGCCUGAUUGCAUCUUAUGUGAUUGACUGGAUUCUAAUCCUAGGAACCGCUGCCGUCGGCGGUGUUUUGUCGAAAAUUCACGGAAACAAACACUACUUUUCGCUUCAAGACCCGAAUAUUUCCUUUCCGUAUAGCGAAGACACUGUCACCGUCACUGUGUUGAUACUUAUUGCGGUGGUCGCGCCUGGGGUCAUAACAGCAGCGAUCUCCCUCCUUUUCGUCCCCGGUCCGACGGCCGAUAGAAGGACACCGAAAGCGUUGAUCUGGCGCAGAAAGCUCUGGGAAUGGAAUGCAGCAUGGAUGGGCCUCGGUGUCGCCCUGGCAGGCGCCUUUGUCAUCACCGAGGGUCUGAAAGACCUCGCGGGCAAACCUCGACCCUUCCUGCUGGCUGUGUGCGACCCGGACUUGAGUCCUGAAGCCAUACGCAGAUAUCAAGUCGGCGGAUUCGGCACGUCCUUGGACUCUGCUGUGCCGAUCGUUGUCGACUCCCGCAUCUGCCGACAGACAGACCAAGCCAAGCUGCGAAACGCAUUCGCUAGCUGGCCAUCUGGCCACUCCAGCUUCAUCUGGGCGGGCAUGCUCUACCUCAGCUUGUUCAUCUGUGCAAAAUUCGCCGUCCAGAUUCCGUUCCUGUCGCCCGGCUCUGACAGUAUGCGAUACAUCUCGACGUUCGACGAGGAUUUCGACCGCGACGCCCGAGAGAGAAAGAAUUCGCAAUCAACCUCCUCUUCCCGAAGCCAUCCGCCUCGGAAUCAAGCAGCCGCGCCUCCAAUAUAUCUUCUUAUCAUUGCAUUCAUCCCUAUUGCAGCGGCGUUGUUUGUUUCAACCUCGCGUUGGUUCGACUAUCGCCAUCACGGGUUCGACAUCAUUUCGGGCUCCAUUCUGGGCAUCUUCACUGCGUGGCUCGGCUUUCGGUGGUACCAUUUGCCCAUCCAAGGAGGAUCUGGCUGGGCCUGGGGCGCUCGUAGUCGAGCUCGUGCGUUCUGGUUGGGUGUUGGACGACCCGGCUAUGUGGGCGACGAAGGGUGGGAGGCUGCGAGAUUUGAUAUGCAGCCUCGGGAAAUGCAAAGCGGCAGAUUCUUCACGGGACCUGGUUUGGCUGAUCAGCGGGAGUCAGCAGAGAUGGCUGCCUCAGAUCGAGUCUAG